ACCAAAACACCGAGAUGAUCCUGCAGAAGGAUAUGAAGAUGUACGAGUGCAUGGGGUACAGGUUUGGGAAUUCAACAGUAAAAUACGAUUUUGAGCGCUGGAUCGAUAGGGAGGGCAGUAAAGUAACAGGAAUAGAGAAGAACAAACUGGGAAUGAUACUCUCAAUGAAACUGGAAGAGUUCAGAAAGGAUCUAGGCUUUGAUUUCUACUUUGUGGGGUGCAAAAUGAAGAAACAGAGGCACUUCAUUUCCAUCAAUUUUCCGUACAUAAGGUUCUUCGUCAAAAAGUACAGGUUUGAAGAACUUAACUACAAGGGGUUCACGUACUACAAAAUACCUGUGGAGAUGACACGAAAAAUUUUGAUGCCGUUGGUGGUCAAAUCAUUGAAAGGAAUCGAUGGAUGGAACUGA